AUGGCUGAUGAUGAUGAUGAAGGAGGUUUCGGAGGAUUAUACGAAGAUGGACAUUGGGCAUGGGAUGAAAGUGGUGGCGCUUUGCUGUUUGUGAGUGACCUUCCUCCAAAAAUUGUAGAAACUAUACAAAUACCAACAAAAGCUCCUACUGGAGCCGUCGAAUUCAGAGAUGACGUGGACUUAAUAGAGCAGAUUCGGUAUCGGCGUCGAUAUCAAAGAAAGUUGAAACCUGGGCAAUCCGACGCAAUAACAUUACAGGACGUAAAGGAUAUAGCAAUUUACACAGCACCUGUAAAUUUUUUGAGCCCGGCGCUUAUAAACUUGUUGCAUUUACCAACUACGGAGAGAUUUCUGAGAGCAAUGAUCUUGUGCAGUGCAUAUUAUUUACAGGUAGCCGACGAAAUGGCACACCGCAUGUUGGAUCUAGACACUAAAGUAAGGACUCCAGAUUGCGAAAAAAUAGAGAGGCAAUUUCGUGAUAACUUGUCAGAUCUACGAGUUUUAGCCGCCAAGGAGUAUUGUAUCAUGUUGAUUGGUGGUGCGGACACGAAAAAGUUUCAUCAUAUGGGGCCAGCAAAGAAACGCCGGUCCCUUUCAGACAAAGACGCUCGAUUGUUUGAAACUCUGUUGCGUAUGAGUGUGCAAAUAGUAUGGCUGGCUUUAGGACGAAAAAGUUUUCAUCAAAUUGAAUUGGAAACCAACCGUAUAUUUAAGUCAGAAAUAUUUAACGCAGUGGAGCACACUUUGAAAACGGGGUACAUAGGUAAAAUGUCGCCUGAGGAACGCGCUGUGUUGCUCGGUAGCUGCGUGCGACACGACAAAAAACUUAACACUCGUUCACCCCUUAUGAACGAGGUGUUCUGUCACAGGGAAAUUGAUUUCCACAUGAUGGGACUUGGAGUUGUCAAAUGUCCACAGAUGACUGCUCGUCACCAGUACAUGUGGCAAGCUGUUGCUGGGGCAGAAGAUGUUCUGAGUGAUCUGAAUGUAGUACUGGGCAUAAUUGGCCUAUCACGUUCGCAUUUUGAUACUAUGCUCAGACCUCUACCGACAGGUUCUGAUGCAAAAUCUAAAGGUUCCAUGGCAUCUCGCAGUGGGUACAGCACAUCUAUUGGUAGUGGCAGUUCAAUGAGAAAAAGUACCACAGUAGCUCAACGUCUUUAUCCUGACAUUGUUUUACCACCAAGAUCAACUAGAGAGCCAUAUUUCCCACCGCAUUUCCCUGAUGAGACAGAGCCUCUUCGACCAGUUAGUGAAACGCAACGGCGGCGUUGGCAAAACAGACUCAUAAAGCUUCUUCAUCCAGGAUCAAAAUGA